AAAUCAUGGUGUCCAUCCAGACCGUGAUGCACUCUCGGACGGUGGCCUCUUCUUGACAGAUCACCUUCUUUCCUCAGGCCCGCUGAGCAAAGACCCGCACUUGCACUUACGCGAAUGGUUCGCUAUACGACACACAACAGGUAAACCUGAACGAGGACGACAGCAGAAUAUUCACUGCGAAUGGAGUGAUGCGCUUGCUGCCUCACGACACGCGCGAUCUGAUCUUCGAUAGGUACCACAAGAAGGUUCUCAACCUCCUCGAAAGCCUCGAGACGACGACGCAGCAGACGGACUAUGCACCCGCCUCGCGCGUGCCUUACGUCCUGCGACGCUUUCCUGCUAAGCCAGAGGGAGUCCUGGCACUGCAAGGUGGCGACCACGCGGUCCUCCAGGACGAUGAUCCCUUCUCGCCAGGCUUCCACAUGCCUCUCCGCUCGAAAACCCAGCCACUGGCGCUGGGCGACACGGUUCCUAGAGCGAAUUCGCGGAAACCACAUGUCAUCCUGCUGGACCAGGACGUCCUCAUUCAGGUUGUCCCCGCCACCGACUGCUGCCUCAAUUCGUUGCUGCUCUUUGCGCAACCAUGGUACUCGCUCUCCGCAUCGGGCCAACUGUUCUCUCCGCCGUGGGCGGAGCUCGAGCGCGACGACUGUCUCAGCCUGUGGCCAUCUGGCUGCAGUUUAUCAGGAGGCGAUUACACACCGCUCCUGCAGCACGCGCGUGUGCUCCUCACUAACCUGGCUGCGGCGCAUCUUAUCGAGGUCGACCUGUGCAUGCGCCUCACCUCCCCGCUGCUCCGGCGCAGGCAGAUCGUCGAGCACAUGGAGGUCAUCCUCAACGGCACCGAGGCGCACCACGGAUGGACGCGUGUGCAGACGCACCAGCGCGCCGCAAUGCUUCUUGUGGCGCUCGUCGCCAGUGCGCAGUACAUCGGCCCGCUCGUGCUGAGCGCGGGCGUGAGCAAGACGCGCACGAGCAUCAGCUUGUGGGAGGACGGCUUCGGCGCCAUGAAGCUCGCCUGGCGCCUCUUGCAACCGCGCGAGGGCGGUCUGUUCGGGCGGGACGAACUGACGCUCGAUGCUCUCCAGGCCAUGACGCUGCUUGAAGAUGCGAUGCGCCCGCAUUCAGCUUACGUACAUAUGUCCAAGGUCGUCAGGAAGCUGCUACUAGUGGCAGCGCAAAACGGAGCAGGUGCACCACUGCCAAGCAGCAGUGGGAUCACGGAGCAAGCGGCGGGAACAAUGAACCAGUCAUGGCGCCGGUUGUUUCACUUUCACCUCGUAGAGCUCGUCGCGUACCGAUUUUGGAAGGACAUUCGCUCGGAUAUUACAUUGGGCCAGCUUCUAAAGCCAUUAGCACAUGCAUGCAGGUCCGCCAGGCCUGUUCCCAGGAGAAAAUUGCAUGGACGAACACCUUCACGGCGAAGGGCAGGUACGGCAAACGUUUCGCGAUGGGAAGUACUCGGCGCUUUUGGCCAUGCUGUGCGAGGAGAUCCUUGAGAGCUCACUCUUUCAACCUUUGCCGGGUGGUGUUGAGGUGGAAAGGGAGAGGUCUGACUCGAUCACAACGAGACGCGAGAGCGAGGCAUCAGUCUUCCUCGAGCGAUUGUGCGUAUUGUC